AUAAACUACAGGCACUUGUGCAGACUCAGAGGAGGAUCAAAACAGCAAACACUCUCACCAUCUUAGAACUAUACUCAACCUAUUGUAGGUGAAUGUACUAUAGAUUGCAGAGCAUACGAAGAGCAAGUACAAGAUGGUGAGGGAGAUGGUCAGCAGAAGCCUUGAGUCUGAGCCAGCACACAUUUGUGGACCCCACUGCCUGGGCCCCUUGACCUUCCAUAAGGAGGUGAUGGGUGCCUUGGUGAGCCUGAGCCAGGGGGCCAGGCAGGCAGACAGGACUGGGGUCACCUUCAGACACGGCCUGGUUUUCAGCAGCCGCCCGGUACGGCCCCAGGAGAGGGUGCGUCUGCGAGUGGAGUUGUGCAAGCUGACCUGGCUUGGAGCCAUGCGUGUGGGCUUCACCAAUGUGCUUCCUAUUGCCAGAGCCCUGCCGUCCCUGGCCAUCCCAGACCUCACAGACCUCCCUGGCCACUGGGCCGCUCCUGUGCCUGAAACUUGCUGCCUGCCAGGCUCAGAGCUGGAGUUUUGGGUCUCCCAUGGCGGUAGAAUGUAUUUCAGGAAUGCCAACAGACGAAAAAACAGCCAAAAACACAAACUGCUGAAGGGAGUGGACCUCAGCCGUCCCCUGUGGGCCAUGAUUGACGUUUAUGGGCAGACCUGCUCUGUGCUCUUACUGGGGUCGGAGAAGAAAGAGUUUUUGGGGAUUCAAAAGUCCUGUCCUGCUCCGCAACGGCGUUCCUCCUGUUCUGCUCUUCAGAGACACACCUCGCUCGAUAUUGAAAACUAUGGGAAUGUGAGACAGAUUUGUGAUUACAUUCAUGACAGCUAUCUUCUUCCCCAUCCAGCCAAUAAGCAGACAUCAGACUGUGAGAGCGUGGAGGACUGUGCGGUGUGUAUGAGCCAGAAGGCCUGUAUCAGCCUGCAGUGUGGCCACCAGUGCCUGUGUGGCCACCAGUGCCUGUGUCUCCAGUGUGCCAUCAGAGUGAUCCAGGAGUUUGGAAACUGCCCUCUGUGUCGCCAGAACAUCAAGAGCUUCCUGCAAACUAAAUGACCCAGUAGGACUGACCCCAAUUACUCAAUUGUUUGGUCAUUAGGCUGUUGGUCGACAGAGAUUGUUUUAGUCGAGCAGUAACAAAUAUAUAUAUUUGCACCCAUCUCAGUGACUUAAUCCAUUGUGGAGGCCUAGACUAAAAGCCAAUGUAUGUUUGAUUAGAAAAUGUGGUUGGAGGCUCCAUAUGGAGGGUGUGACACAAUUGUGGAGCCUCCAGAGGCAUGCAGAGGCCAUAUCGAGCUCUGUAACGCAUCACCAUGUGCCUCCCAAAAAUGUUUAACAAUGUGGAGGGCUCUGUAUAAUUCAGCAUUGAUAUGAUUGGUUGAUGGUAGGUGGGGCGGUACAUCCUGUAUAAACACAAACUCACUUCCUUGACAACAGCUCUGCACUGCUCUGUGAAGGGCAAUAAGUAUUAAUACCCUGACUUCUAAUGAGGCCAUUCCUGCCAUGACUUUUGCUGAGGCCGUAUCACCAUAAAUGCCGCAUGGCCAACGCGGACGUCUGAUUGACCAUGCGCCCAGAUGCACAAUGCACUUCUCUCUUCAGAAUGUGCUCUCCCUGCCAAUUUGUGCCAGUGGCCAUUUUAGCAUGUACAUCUUGGUGGGGCAAGCUCCCCCAAAACAUAUUGGGAUGCAUGCCAGCAAAGCCACUACACAACACUAAACAAUACAUUAAUUGCAAUCCACAAUGGCACGAAAGCCAAAACACACAGCAUAGGUACUUACACGCACCAACGGACAUAGGAACAAUAAUCGACCCUCCAAAUGGAAACCAAAGGACACAUAUAUACAAAUGCUAAUCAGUGGAAAUAGGGGACAGGUGUUCCGGAGGGAUCCGUGACAACACCAAGUCAGAACCGUAGGAUAAAUAAAGGGGGCAUAUAAAGCAGACAA